AUGAAGGUGGCACCUCGUGGAGGACACAGGAGGGAGCUGAACCAGCAGCAUCACAGCAGGUAUUCCAUGCAGGAGAUGUACGACGUGGUGGCCAACGUGGAGGAGUACAAGAACUUCGUGCCCUGGUGCAAGAAGUCUGUGGUGGUCUCCAAGCGCACGGGGCACAUCAAGGCCCAGCUGGAGGUGGGAUUCCCGCCCGUGCUGGAACGUUACACCUCCAUUGUCACCCUGGUCCGCCCACACCUCGUCAAGGCUGUCUGCACCGACGGGCGCCUCUUCAACCACUUGGAGACCAACUGGCGCUUCAGCCCCGGCAUCCCCGGCUACCCCCGCACCAGCACCGUGGACUUCUCGAUUUCCUUCGAGUUCCGCUCCCUGCUCCACUCCCAACUCGCCACUGUCUUCUUCGACGAGGUGGUGAAGCAGAUGGUCGCUGCCUUCGAGCGCCGGGCGGCCAAGAACUUCGGUCCUGAGACGCGGAUCCCGCGGGAGCUGAUGUUCCAUGAGGUUCACCAGACGUGA